AUGGACAUCAGCGACCUCUUCACCAGCUGCAGGAAGGGAGACGUGGGCCGAGUGCGGUACCUGCUGGAGCAGCGAGACGUGGAUGUGAAUGUAUGGGACAAGUGGGAUAGUACCCCCUUGUACUAUGCCUGUCUAUGUGGGCAUGAAGAACUGGUGCUCUACCUUCUGGCCAAUGGAGCCCGCUGUGAGGCCAACACCUUCCAUGGUGAACGCUGCUUCUACGGGGCUGCCAGUGACACCAUCCGCCGGGCCCUGCUUGAUUAUAAGCAAGUGACACCCACCUCCAGGAGGCGGGACUACUAUGAUGAAUUCCUGCAGCGGCUUCUGGACCAAGGCAUCCACAGCGAUGUGCUCUUUGUGGUGCACGGGAAGCCCUUCCGGGCCCAUCGCUGCAUUCUGGGUGCACGCAGCACCUACUUUGCCAACAUGCUGGAUACCAAGUGGAAGGGCAAGAGCGUCGUGGUCCUCAGACAUCCACUGAUCAACGCGGUGGCCUUUGGGGCCCUGCUGCAGUACCUGUACACAGGUGGCCUGGAAGUCGGUGUGGAACACAUCAUUGACUGUGAGCGCCUGGCCAAGCAGUGCCAGCUCUUGGAUCUGCUCAACGACCUGGAGGCCAAGUGCAAGGAAGUGUCUGAGUUUGUGGCAUCGAAGCCAGGCACUCAUGUGAAGGUGCUGAGCAUGAGGCCCCCUGCAGAGGACCCCCGGCUGCGGGACGACCUGGCCCUAUUGGCUGAUUGUGCCCUGCCCCCUGAGCUCCGCGGUGACCUUGGGGAGCUGCCUUUCCCCUUCCCUGAUGGCUUCAACAGCUGCCCUGAUGUUUGCUUCCGAGUGGAGGGUUGCAGCUUUCUCUGCCACAAGGCCUUCUUCUGUGGCCGCAGCGACUACUUCCGGGCCCUGCUGGAUGACCACUUCCGAGAGAACGAAGGGCCAGAGGCCUCUGGUGGCCUCCCGGCCAUCACCCUGCACGGCGUCUCGCCCCACAUCUUCACCCACGUGCUCUACUACAUAUACACCAACCACACCGAGUUGCCCCCGGAGGUGGCCUAUGACGUGCUGAGCAUGGCCGACAUGUACCUGUUGCCAGGCCUGAAACGGCUGUGCGGCCGCAGUCUGGCCCAGCUGCUGGAUGAGGACAGCGUGGUGGGCCUUUGGCGCGUGGCCAAGCUGUUCCGCCUGGCACGGCUGGAGGACCAGUGCACCGAGUACAUGGCCAAGGUCAUCGAGAAGCUGGUGGAGCAGGAGGACUUUGCGGAGGCCGUGCGGGAGGAGGCGGCGGCCGUGAGGGGCCGGCAGGAGCAGGACUCCAUCCCUCUGGUGGAUGACAUCCGCUUCCACAUCACCAGCGUGGUGCAGACCUACAGCAACAUCAAGGAGAUGGAGCGGCGGCUGCACGCGCUUGAGGACCUGCUGGUGUCCAUUGGCCUGGACUGCUGA